AUGAGUGCCAGCAUUAAACCCGGUCCACCAACCAAACUUGGCCAAGGUGGCCUCCCCACCGCGCCCAGCAAUCAAGCCAUCCUGCUGGACAAGUUGAACCGACGGUCGACGCCUGACUCUGAAGCUCUGGCCAGCUCAGAUGACGAGGGUGAAACACAUCGCACAGAACCCCUCUUUCCAGUCCCCUCCAACCAGCCGCCCAGACCGGCAGUCAGACGUGCCUCGUGGCUGAACGACACCAGUCAAGCCAGCGUGCGCCCACGGAACGAAUCGUUUGCAAGCGCCUCCAUGUCGCCCACCACGCCGCACCCCAUCACGCCGUCUACGGACGCCGGCGCUGUUGCUGCCGCCUGGAACGCACACCCCACCGCGCCCGCGAACGUGCUCAACCGCGCACACACCUCAUCGGCUUCCUUUGCGUGGGGCACCGGCAUCUGGAAUACUGAUAUGAAGGAUCCGCUGUCUAGGUUGUCCGAGGUGCUUCCCUCUCCCACGUCCGUCAUGCCGCCCGGAUCUGGUGGCAGCUCUUCUUUCUUCAGUUCGGACACCAUGCCCACGCAGACCUCUCCGGUGCCGAGAGGGCACGGUGUCGGGACCACGUCGCAAAUCCCUUUUGCCAUCCCCCUGCACCCGACUCCGAAGACAUACCGAUCACAGUCGUACUCGGUCGGCCAGCUCGAUGCCGAGACCGCCAUGGCGGCCGCAGCCGCCCAGCCUUUGGCCAUCCCACCCGCCUCCUUGGCUAACUCUCGGGUACGACCGAUGACACAUGCGGGCCUUCACCACCGACCGUCGCGGCCUAGCAUGCUCAGUGAGAUGUCGAGCGAGGGAGGAAUGCUCGGCAAGGUCAAGGAGGUCGAUGACGAUGACGACGAAAGCACAAACGACUCUUCACAAGGCAGCCAGCAGCUGUCGGCCGAGGCUAAGACGAUCGAGAUGCUGGCUCGCGAGAAUGCCAUCCUGCGCCAGCAAGCGAACCAGCAGUACCACAACGCUCGCAUCCGGCCCCGCGCGUCUACUGCUGCUGCCUAUGGCAUCGGGAAUGGAUACGGUUUCCAGGAGCCGGUACCAGAAGAAUCCGACUAUGCUGUCGACGAGCUGGACGAAGCCUUGGACGGUGAGAUUGCUGCCGCUACCAAGAGGGCGGCCAUGCGGAGGAUGAGCGAGUACGGCGCCACUGGGCCAUUCCGGUCGCCUUUUGCCCUCGAAAACCGGAAGCUGGAGAACGUGAAAAAGGCGUUUUGGCAAAGCUCUCCUGGCUUCCCUGACAACUCCCCCAGCCGCCGGCACUCUUUUGCCGAUAUUCCGACGAGACAGGCAUCCAUCAGCUCCAUCAGCGAGGUCGUCCUCGCCCACGAGGCGAGCGCGCAGGAGGCGCAGAACGUCGGCCCCGACUUCGGCUCGUCCUUUACUGACGCCCAUCUGUUCCCUUCAAAUCAGUCAGCCGCCCAGUCACUAUAUACGGGCGGACCAGGCGCCACGUUGAUGGGUGCUCAGCAAGCCGCUCUCCAGCAUCAGCAGCCUUCGCCACUGAGUGCCGCAUAUGGCGCGAGCUCCUAUCCGUCUCCGUACGGCCUGCAUGCGCCAGCAUUCUCUGUCCGUCCGACGUCACCGCAGCGAGGCAUGUACGCAAUGACACAGCCAAAUCGCUCGACACCGCUUCACAUCGUCCUGUUCAAGUGUGCCCGGGCCGAUGUGUUCUACAUCCAGGAAGGCACGGGACUCACAGUCAAGCCUGGUGAUCUUGUGAUCGUGGAGGCGGAUCGUGGCACAGACCUGGGAACAGUCGCAGUGGAUAGUGUCGAUUGGGUUGAAGCCCGGCGUAUGAAGGAGCACUAUGCCGAGGAGCAGUACAAGUGGCUCAUGAUGUACUCGCAGAAUGCAGCUGCUGCGCAGGACGGUGUUGGUGCUGGUCUCAUGGCCUCGGCAACGGGACUUCAGGGGAGUGCUGUUGGAGGUAUGGGCCCUCCGGGCCAACACCACAUGCAAGAGCCGAAUGCCGGCGAGCUCAAGCCGAAGCUGAUCAAACGCCUUGCUCAAAACCACGAGAUCCACGCCUUGCGCGAUAAGGAGGGUAACGAGGCCAAGGCGAAGCGUGUCUGCAUGCAGAAAGUGAAGGAGCAUGGCCUCAACAUGGAGAUCCUCGACGCGGAAUUUCAGAUGGACUGGAAGAAGCUCACCUUUUACUACUUUGCCGAUGCGUACAUCAACUUCAACUCGCUUGUCACCGACCUGUUCAAGAUCUACAAGACGCGAAUUUGGAUGUCUGCUAUCAACCCGGCCUCCUUUGCGAGCCAGCCGCUCGGUCUGCAGGCCCCCAGUGGCAUUGGACCGGGGGCUGUCGGCGUGAGACGGAGCUCGACGUCUAACCGCCAACAGGUACAACAUGGGGAACACCAACAGCAGCUCCAAGCACAACAGCAGCAGCAGCAGCAGCAGCAGCAGCAAUCGGUGUCUCCAUAUCCCACCUCCAACCUUGGUGGACGCGGAUAUCCUGGAACUAUCAGCCCGCAGCCUCCUCUGACAGCGUCUGCAGCCAAUGCCACCGUCGGUGUGAUCGGAAGCUAUCCAUCCCCAUUGCAGUAUAACCCCUAUGCUACCUUUGGGAGCAUUCCACGUGUGCCCGUUAUUGGCUACGGCCAGGGCGGCAUACCGACCGGUGCAGACGGCUACUCGAUCGCCUACGCUUCUGCAGCCGACUACCAGACGAUGCGCGGUGGUCGUUUCCCUGCCAAUCAAACCGAAGCUGCCCAGCAUGGACAGGGUCUAUCGCCAAUUGGUGUUUCCGGAGACUGGGCCGGAUCCUUUCAAGGCCUCUCUCUCAACAGCCGUUAA